AUGGGUGGGGAUGCAUUUUGGGUUACAACUAAAUCAUCACCAGCCGAUAACGUUGAACCGGAGCUUGUAGCCAUCACGUAUGAUCUAGGUCGUCGUCGAUGUCGACAUCGGGAUCCAUUGAGAUCAUUAUGGAUAUCGUUGAAUAGAUACGAUAAUCCUGAAAUGGAACAAGCAUUGACCCGAAUGAUUUAUUCAGAGAAGAAGAACAACAAUCAAUCCUAUCCGCUUUAUUUUCAGCGCCUUUUUUCUCAUCUCUAA